AUGGCAGCCUCACGUAGUCACAAUCCCCUCGAACAUGACAUCUCCUCCGCUGGGGGCCGUCUGCGCACGAAAUCAAUUACCGGCAAGAGGAAAUCUCGGUCCGAUGAAAAUGCUCAUGGAGAUGGAUACAUUGACGCCCGCUCUUCGAGUAAGAUCCUGGCAAUAGCACAAGACCUCGCAGAUGAAGAUGCCGAGGAUGGAAAAAUAAUCGCCAGACCUGUCGCCUCCCCACAUGCCGCAUUUGGCUUUGAUUCAAGAUUCGCUGGAGACGAGGAGGAUCGAGAUGCAGGACAAUCUUCGGAAGAGGACGAGUGGGUUCCAGAUGAAGAGGAGGAAAUUGUGGUAGAUGAUGACAUGGAUCCCGAAGAUCUGGCUGUCUACAAAAAGUUUUUGAAUCAAGGGGAGGAUCUCGCCGACUUUGCCCCCAGCAUGGCCAAUCUUUCAACCGGAAACAAAGGAGAUUUCUCUGAUUUAUCGCCCUCACAAGCUGAUCCCGACGAGGAGGGCCAGACAACCAAUCUCACCGACCUAAUUCUUCGACGGAUUGCUGAGAAAGAGGCUUUAGAUGCUGCCCGGGCAUCCGGCCAACAGCCAGCAUUCGUACCACCCCCUGAUGCCGUCGAAAUUCCAGCCAAAGUCGCCGAGACAUUUACCAGAGUCGGUCAACUUCUUUCUCGAUACAAAUCCGGGCCACUUCCAAAGCCAUUCAAAGUCCUCCCUACCUUGCCGCAAUGGCCCGAUCUCUUGUCCAUGACUCGACCAGACCAAUGGACGCCCCAUGCAGUAUACCGUGCCACCAAAAUUUUCAUCUCAGCCCCGGCAUCAACCGGGCAAUUCUUCUGCACCGAAGUUCUCUUGGAACGAGUGCGGGAAGACAUUCAAGAGACCAAGAAACUCAACGUGCAUCUGUACAAUGCUCUCAAGGCGGCUUUCUACCGACCAAGCGCGUUCUUCAAAGGCUUUCUAUUUCCCUUGGUCGAAUCCAGCUGCACUUUACGCGAAGCACAUAUAAUCUCCAGUGUUCUUGCAAAGAUCAAAAUCCCCGUCCUCCACUCAGCAGCGGCAUUACUGAGACUGUGCGAAAUCUGUGCCGAGCAAACCAGCAGCAUCAACAGCGAAGCGGCCGGCUCGGCCAACAUCUUCAUUCGAAUCCUGUUGGCCAAAAAGUACGCACUGCCAUACAAGGUGGUCGACGCACUGGUGUUCCACUUCCUCCGGUUCCGGGCGAGCAAGGAUCCGAACGGUGAAGAAUCGGCCGGGCUGGGCAGCAAAGAAGCCAAGUUGCCGGUGUUGUGGCACCAGAGUCUCUUGAUCUUUGCCCAGACCUACCGGAACGAAAUUACCGAGGAUCAGAGGGAGGCAUUGCUGGAUUUGUUGCUGGCCAGAGGCCACAAAGAUAUUGGUCCUGAGGUGAGGCGGGAGUUGCUCGCCGGGAGGAAUAGAUCUGGGCUGGAACAGGGCGACUCGAUGGUCGUGGAUAGUGGUGGAGAGAAAAGAGACGACGGCGAUGAUACCAUGGAAAUCACAAAUUAA